AGACCUUGGCUGGAUCGUCCUCGAGGAUGGCUGGGAGUAUCUGCAUGGGGCGAGGCGCCGCCACCGCCGCCCUUCGGGAGCUGCUGGAGACCGGCUUGCGCCCACGUGGGGGAAAGGGGCCCAGGUUGUGCCUGUCAUACUGUAGGCUGUUAAGCUCCAAUAGGACCCUCACCCCUUGGAUUGCGGAGACCUGUCCUUCCCUCCCCUUGAUGUUAACUGUGAAGCAACAAUGCCGUCCCUUCUUGAACUUUGCAGCCCCUCUGCUUGGUGUGAGCAAGCGCAUAGAAUAUGCAGAAGUCCAUCAGCUUGGGUACUCUAUCCGGCAGAUGUACGAUGUUGUGGCUGACAUAGCGAGCUAUCGGUUGUUUGUCCCCUGGUGCACUGGCUCCCACAUCCUCUCCCGUCGCAAUGAGUUCUCACAGGCUGAAUUGGAAGUGGGAUUCCCUCCCAUAGUAGAGCGUUACAUCUCUGAGAUCUCUUUGGUGCCAUAUCGUCAGAUCCGGGCCGUGAGUAAAGAUGGGAGGCUGUUUCAGCACUUGGAGACAUCGUGGCAGUUCAGGCCGGGACUUCGUGGUCAUCCAGACACUUGCACACUCAGCUUUUAUGUUUCGUUUGAGUUCAAGUCAGUUCUCCAUUCUCAUUUAGCCAACCUCUUCUUUGAUGAGGUUGUCAAGCAGAUGGUCUCGGCCUUCGAGCAGCGGGCAGAGAAACUCUAUGGCCCACAGGCUGCUGUCCAGCCACACAAGGCAACUUGUUGCACGUGACUGACAGUCCCGCCGAGUCUGAUGUGUGGGGCAUCUUUGUGCACUAGCCAAGCAGUUCUCAUCUUUACCAACCAGCUUGAAUUUCUUCCCAGUUGCCCCUUUAUGGACAUUCCUUUAUUUAUACCUAUUUAAGUUGCACAACCCUCAUUGAUUAUGUUUAUUUUAUAGAGAAUUUUUUUCUUGGAUAAUUUAUUGGAUAUUUAAUUCUGAAAAAAACAGAAAAAGGCAAAUUAGUAAACUUUUUAUUGUGUUGAAUAAAUGUUAAUUUUUUCCAGGAUAUUUUUUUAAUGCACAGUGUUUUAUUUUAA